ACAUUGAAGUCCAAAAAUAAUAAGAUAGUUGGAAGUUAGGUUUUCACAUUUAUUAAUUUUUCAUCUAAUAAAUUCUUAUUUAUUUAUUUAUACCUUACUCUUAAAAUAAAUAUACCAUCAUAUUCUUUCAUAUAUCAACACCACAACGUUAAACUCUCUUCACUCUCAUCAGCCAAAAACAGAGCAACCCCAAAAAACAGGGGAACAAGAAAAGAAGCAAAAUAUGGCAAAUUUCUCGAAAACUACGAUGUGGGUAGUUGUGAUUUUUGGGCUGAUUUCAAUCGGAAGCUUGAAUGUGGAGGGUCAGACGGCGGUUCCGGCGCCGUCGCCGGCGGAGGGGCCGGGCACGGCGGGGUCAGACUGUAUGAGCCUGAUAUACAAUAUGUCAGAUUGUUUGACUUAUGUUGAGAAAGGGAGUAAAUCAGCAAAACUUGAUAAAAAUUGUUGCCCUGAAUUAGCUGGAAUGUUGGAUACUAACCCAAUUUGUUUGUGUCAAAUGUUGGGUAAAAAUAAGGAUUUUCCAAUUGAUUUGGAUCUUAAGAAAGCUCUUAAAUUGCCUUCUGUUUGUGGACUUCAAACUCCUGAUGUUAGCUUGUGUUCAGUGGCUGGAUACCCAGUAGGUGCACCAUCAGCAGGAGGACCUUCAUCGGCACCACUAGCCGGGAUGUCACCGGAUGCAGGUGGAAUGUCGCCGGAGGCAGCAGGAGGAGAUUCAGCAGGGAAGAAUGGAGCCUCAUCAAGUGCACAUUUCAAUGUAGCUUAUCUUGCUGCUGGCUUUGCAAUGGCAUUCACGUUAUUUAAACUUUGAAGAGUAGAUCAAAUUAUGUCCUUUGAACCGAUGUUCAUUUAGUUCGUGUUUGCUUAAAUGCUUUGAUUAUACUUCCCUAUUUAUUUGACCAUUUCAUUCACAUUUGUAUUUGUUGCUGUACUUAAUUUUAGCUCCUAGUUCAACUAUUCAAAUUAAUAAUAAUAAUUAAGGCAGGAGAUUUUAUUCAAUUAUACUAUGGAGUAUACGGAGUACAUUUUUAAGUGUUGACCAA